GCGCCGAGCCGGUCAGAAGCAGCCGCCGCGGUAGUAGUAGCAGCUGCGCGCAGGCGCACUGGCGGCGGGCUGAUAUUUAAAGGGACCGCACCAGCGGCUGCUGCUGCUGCCGCCACCCCCGGGCAGGGAAGGAGGGGCCGGUCUCUGUUUAUUUUCGGCGGGGCGGGGGCCAGAGGCUUCGCUUCUCCCGCUCGAGAAGAUGGUGUGCGGGGGGUUCGCCUGCUCGCGCAACGCGCUGUGCGCCCUGAACGUUGUUUACGUGCUGGUCGGGCUGCUGCUGAUUGGCGUGGCCGCCUGGGGCAAAGCCUAUGGCAUUGUUUACAGUCUCCACAUCAUCGGAGGGGUCAUUGCUGUGGGAUUCUUCCUGCUUCUGAUCGCCAUCGUGGGGCUCAUCGGUGCUAUCAACCAUCACCAAGUCAUGCUGUUCUUUUACAUGAUCAUUUUAGGGCUAGUGUUUCUCUUCCAGUUUGGAGUCUCCUGUUCGUGUCUGGCACUCACAAGAAGUAAACAGGAAAGUCUCCUGAAUGGAGCCUGGGAGAUGAGCAACGACACCAAGAAGUCGCUGGAAAACAGCUUUAACUGCUGCGGGCUAUUCAACAACUCUCUCGAAGCUAGCAAGAAAUUCAAGGCUGAUGUUGAAAUGUGCAAAGCGCCAUGCACAAAAUCAAAAACCGGGUGCAUCAGUUGCGGUGAGGUGAUGAUGGAACAUGCGGGCGAGGCCUUGAAAAUCCUUGGUGGAGUUGGACUCUUCUUCAGUUUCACAGAGAUCCUUGGAGUGUGGCUUGCCAUGCGCUACAGAAACCAGAAAGACCCCAGAGCCAACCCCAGUGCCUUUUUAUAGACCAUCACAUUCCUCCAUCUUCUCUCCACCAAUCUUCCCCAACCAACCAUGUGUUUUCCUUUUAAUUAGUUGCACGUCCCUUAUUCAAGAGAUCCCUUUUCCGUCACGCAAGAAGAAAAGCAAUCCUUGAAGCAGCUGUGAGGGAGCUGGGGUUUUUGCCAUUCUGCCAAACUGCUGAUUGGAUGAAAUAGCAGAGCAAAGGUUCCAUCCUUGACAUGAAGCCUUUGGCAGGUGGCAAAGACGACUCUGCCUUUUUGGAAGAAAAAUAUGGAGUUAUCCCUUUGCAGAGUCACUUACCUAAUUGCAGCUCAUAGCUACAAUCACUUCUGUGUUUUUAAAACUUGUACUUUGGGUCAUUGUCUUUAGUGGGGGGCUUUGCUUUUAAGGCACGGGUUGAGGGGAACCUGUGGCCCUCCCAGAUGUUGCUGGACUCCAUUUUCCAUCACACUUGGUUUUGCUGUGGUCUCACUUGGGCUGAGGGCAGUAGAUAUGAGAGGCACACGCAGCGAUUCGGUAAGGGAAGUUUUUAGAUUUCAGCUGAACUACAUGGGUGGGUCUUUUUAUUAUUAUUAUUAAGAAGUCGUGGGGGUUUUUUUUAAUCCAUAAGUUGACUUUUGCCUGACUUAAUCAUAAGUGCAGGUUCCCUCCUUCCGAAGGGAAAGCAGGGGCCUGUGUAAACCUUUCAGAGAACUGGAUCACCCAUAAUGUAACUGAAGUUUGCAUCUAGUGUGCACAUUUUUAAGCUGGCUUGAAAGUGGUUUUUCUGAUGACUUGUUCUAAAGGAACAGAGGACCAGAAUCUCGUCGGUCUACAGAGUCUCAGAUUCCUAGUCCCUUUGCAGUCGUCCUAUCCCUUUGGUUCCUUGACUGGGGAAAAUAGGCUUGAAGCUGCUCGCAGAAUAGAUAAGCUCUAUUGCUCCUAGAAUAUUAAGCGCUGUUCAGGCUCUUCUCCCCUAAAUCGAUCCAGUAAGGAUGUACAAGGGAACGCAUAGCUAGCUCCAGGGGCAUGUUUUGAACCCUAGCCCAGUUCAUGUCCCUGCAGAUACUUCCAGCCUUGGUCUACUAUCGUUUAGUUAUUGAUGGGCAGCAAGGAGAAGCUGGAACCACAAUUCCACUGAGCACCGAAAUGCUGUAAAUUUGUACUAAGCUCCUCCUGUGCUGGUGCUUUCAACUGGCAGCCUAAGGGAAAAAACUGCUAAGCUGUGGGUGCUUCUUCUAUCAAUUUCUCCCUGAAAACUCACCUUGGCUGUUUUAGAAGAGGUUACUUGGACUUCAGUAGGGUGUCACCAAUUUCUUCUCCAAGAAUAAUGCAUAUUCGUUAUUGGAGCUCUUAGCUGCCUACAACGGACUCCUUUUGAAACCCAACAUUACACCUUCUUAUCCCCUGUAACCUUGGUGAACACCCACAUUGGACUCCUUCCAGAGUAGCAGCUGGGCGGCGACGAUGGCAGAACAAAGGAUCCGGCAACAGGACCGUUCAGCAUCUUGACAGGCUCAACAAGGGUAGAUGUGACCUACUGCCUUAAGGGGCUGGGGGGGGGGAGUUUAAACGGUGGAGACCAUGACACCCAGAGCGGGACAUUAGGGGGACAUUACUGCUGCAGCAAGAAUGUUCCCUUUCCCCACAAACCAAGCCUCUUAGGGCAGCGAGGACUCUCCCAUAAAGGGGGAAGGUGGGUGUGCCUUCAGGUGAGAAGCAAAAGUGUUCCCUUAACCCUCAGCACAAAUGGGCACACACCCGCUUUCCCUGGCACUUGGCAGAGUGGAGAAAUGGAGACAUUGGAAAGCUAGGUUAAGAGGGAGGUGGGUUGUGCAGAAAAACAUGCAUGGAUAGCAUUAAGCCUGGGCCAGCUCAGGGUCACGGUACCUGUGGCUCACCAACUGCUGUUGGAAGCCAUCUCCACUCUGCCCCUGUCAGCAGUGUCAGGAGUGAUAGGAGUUCUAGUUCAGUAGCCUUUCUCAACCUGUGGGUCCCCAGAUGUUGUUGAACUACAACUCCCAUCACCCCUAGCUAGCAAGGCCGGAGCUCAGGGAUGAUGGGAGUUGUAGUCCAACAACAUCUGGGGACCCCCAGGUUAAGAACCGCUGAUCUAGAGGGACAGACGUUCCUCAGCCCUGGCUCAGUGUGAAUGAGCAAACAAGGAAUUUCAGAGUGAAGACACUGGCUGCAGCGCUCCUCCGUCCUGUGGUGCUGGCCAACGCUAAACCAUGGUUUGACAGUGCCGCCACCCAACCCAUUCUCUCUGCCUCCCCCUCCCACAAACACACGUUAAACAAAACAAAUCUUGGUUAAAAGCUUGUGGUUCGUGUACAAUGAAUGCUGAGCCGAACCAUGGCAUAGCCCUGGGGAGCAUGCAACUGCCAUCUUUUCUCCAGGACCCCCACUCAUUCACACUAAGCCAUGGUUAGACUUAUCAUGACACACACAAAAACCAGAUUUUAUACUACACCGCUGUGACUGCUCUAAUGGGCACCAUGCUAUUUAUUAAUUUGGGGUGGGGGGAGAGACACCUUUUUGCAAACAUGCACCAAAGUAUGAGGCAGGUUGGAUAAGGUGGCAGCUUCUGCAGAAACAGUUGAGCCAAGGUGUGUACUGAUCAGGUGUAAAACUGCAGCAGGCAGUAUGACCUUGUACAACUAGUUACUGGCUUGAGCUUGGCCUAGCAAGGGCUAACAAUAUUUAAAAGAUAGAGAUGGCACUGCUCUGUACUACCCUAGAGUGAGACUUACUCUAUUACGCAAAGCUGUUGGCACCACUCUUUUGAGCUAAACUGCUGGGGUGGGAGACACAAGACAAAGCUGAACUGCAGCAGCAGGGGCUGAUCAGAACAAGCUAAAAUGCACUUUAUUCAGGGUAUAGAGCACAUAAACGUUGCUAUGACUCCUAGCCAGGUUAGUAUUGUGAGGUCUGUCAUCCUAUUUCCUUUAGAGGAAAGACUAAACAAUAUGCCUGCUCAACCACAGGGCAGGCAGCUUUGCCGGCUGCUUCCAGGGCCCUGGGAGACUUCAUUCAGCGCUGCCUAGUUGCUAGAGACUAUCCUUGGCCUGAACUUUUGGCAGUGGGGGGAAGAAGAGUGGCACAGGCUUAAUGUGUGAGGAAAAAAGACGCAAUGCUCAGAAGUUCACAUCACCAGAUGGCUUUGUUAAAAUCAAUAUACUUUUACCAUCAUGUACACACACCGACUGCUGCCGUUGUAAAUUGGAGUUACUAUUUGAAUAAAGUACAUUUCUCUCAAA